AAAGGAGAAAAGAGCAACCGAGAGGUUUUCAUUUUACUACGAACACAAAAAAACCUCGUAAUUAGCUCAAAUUGAUUCGAAUUAAAAGACUCAGUUGCUGCAUUGUUACACGAUUAUUGAAAUCGUUGGUUCAAAUCUUUCAUUUCGCUGAAAAUUCCAGGUUGAAGUAGUUUUAGUUCAGAUCAAAGCAGUUAAACGAGUGGAGAAGAUCUCUCGGAGCAGUAUUUUGUCGAAUUUUCUCGAGGAAAUUUUCUGGAAUCUGAAGUCGAUUGUUUGAAAAGCUUUCGGAAUUUGAAUGCUAUGUUAAUGUGGCUCCGAUCUCAGCUGUAGGCCGGAAAUUUUCCCGUCGGAAAUCACUUUCUCGAAGUGUAGUGGAUCUGAUAAAGCAAUACGGAUUGAAGAAUUUUCCCUUUUUCGUUUUCCUCCUUCAAAUUCUACAGCUCAAGCACUUCAAAAAUUCAUUGAAUUGCUGUAUACUUUUGAAUUUCGCUAUAUUUUCUAAUCCAAAGUUUCACAGUCAAAAGAAAACAAAAAAACACUGAAGUCAUAGAUGGAGCUUCCUCAAUCCUGGCCAUUGGGAGCAGAAGAACAGGAAGGAAACCGACGCAUGAUUUUCUGUCACUAUACAGUCAUUCAAGCGUCCUACAAGAUCCAAGGCCACCUGCUCAAGAUGGGUAUCGUAAAACUCAUGACUUCCUACAACUGGAAGCAUUAGGGAAGGCAAUUGCCAAGGAAGAAACAACAGCUGAGGAAGCAAUGGCUGAAAAGCCACUGCCACCACCACCGCCGGCACCGCCACCUCGUUCUGCGGAACAUGUUCUUCCGGGUGGAAUUGGAACUUACAGUAUAAGCCAUAUUUCCACUAGAGCAGAGGGAGCAUUAUUCACCGUAGCUCGAAGGAGUAUUAGUGAGAGGAAUGAUGAAACCUCCAACAGCAGUUCUUAUACUGGAAGUGGUUUCACUUUGUGGGAAGAAUCUGCAGCAAAGAAGGGAAAGACAGGGAAGGAGAAUACCGGCGAAACACUGGCUGUGAGAGAAGCAGCGGGGAAGGAGAGGCAAUGGGCCACAUCAUCGUUGGAGAGACCAUCGCAGUCAUCAUCAACAAACAACCACCGCAACAGUUUCAGCUCUCUCUCUUCAUCUCGGCCAUCAUCAAAGCAGAAAAGCUUCAUGGAAAUGAUGAAAUCUGCCCAAUAUAGUGAUUUUGAAGAAGAUGAAGAUUUCAAUCUCAAGAAAGAGAGUUCUACUACUACCCGUAGUAAAGGAGAAUUGAGAGUAAAAGUGGAUGGAAAGAGUGCGGCCAAUCAGAAGGCUAACACCUCAAGAUCAAAACAUUCUGCCACUGAGCAGCGGCGGCGGAGUAAAAUAAAUGACAGAUUUCAAAGGUUAAGAGGUAUCAUUCCUAAUAGUGAUCAAAAGAAAGAUAAGGCCUCGUUCUUAUUAGAGGUUAUCGAGUACAUUCAGUUUUUACAAGAAAAAGUACACAAACAUGAGGGAGCAUAUCAAGGAUGGAAUCAUGAACCAUCAAAAUUGAUGCCAUGGAGAAACAACGAAACACCCACAGAAAAUCAUGCCGAUCAAUCUCGAGCUAUAAAUAGCAUGUCGACUCCUUCUGCCUUGGUUUUUUCCGUCGCCCCAAACAUUCCUGGAACUGCAAUGAACCCUGUAGACUCUGAUAUGAGCACAGCUACUACGUUGAGACCAGUAGACCUUGGUCCUGCAAUGAUGAAUAAGACAAUGCCCUUUGCGAUGUCACCACAGACAAACUCCAUUACCUCUGCCCAGAGUACACCCUUGUUGCCAUCUGAUGCAGAAACCAAUGGUGCUCUUCCUAUUAAAAAGCUGAAAGAACAAGAGUUGACAGUUGAAGGUGGAACGAUUAGCAUCUCAAGUGUAUAUUCCCAAGGGUUGUUGAAUACACUAACGCAGGCACUGCAGGCAUCUGGAGUGGACUUGUCACAUGCUAGCCUCUCGGUGCAAAUUGAGCUUGGGAAGCAAUCUAGUACUGGUUAUACUGCUCCAACUUCCACACUUAAAGGGCAAGGAGAUUCCAUCCACAAUUCAAGGGGCAACACAUUUAAGCGUUGGGUUUGUUGAUGAUUCUGAUCGACCUAUAAAGAAACUUAAGACCUAAAGAAAAAUUAAGGUAUAACUUACACAUUUUAACAAUAUUAUUGUUCAUUUUAUUAAUUAAUUAUUUUUUUAGAGUAGUCUGCCUUUGUUAACUUUAGAUUUAGAUAUUGAAAUAAAUAUGUUGAAUACAAAUAUAUAUUCUAUAUGAACAUAUAAAAAUCAUACACUUGUGUCUAAAAUAACA